CAUGAUGAAUAUAAACAUUUCUGAAGGAGGUAUUUUAUAAAGCUUCUGUAAUGUUUCAGCACACUAAGCAAUCACUUUGAAAGCCCAAUGGGUGAAAAUCAUAUGAAGCCAAUGGCUAUUAAGGAGAAUCAGCUGACUGUUACGUUGUUGAUCUCCAUCAUGGCAGCGGUGCUCGGCUCUCUCCAGAUAGGAUACCACACAGGCAACAUCAAUGCCCCUGCUCGGGUAAUUGAGGAAUUUUUCAAUAUGACAUGGAGAACCAGACACAAUCAGUCAAUACCAGACCACAGUCUCACUUUCCUGUGGUCCCUCUCUGUAAGCAUUAAGGACUUUGGAGCAUUGCUUGGUUCACUGGGGGUCAAAGGUCUUGCUGAUACUUUUGGGAGGCGAAAUGCCAUUCUCAUAGCAAACACCUUAUCUGUGGUGGGUGCCUCUCUGAUGAUUAUGAGCAAAGCCACAGCAUCAUUUGAAGUGCUUAUUGUGGGUCGGCUGAUCUUUGGUUUGUUCUGUGGCCUGGUGAUGAGCCUGAACCCACUCUACAUCCAGGGCGUAUCCCCAACAAACCUACGUGGGGCUUUUGCUACUUUGAACCAGGUCUUCUUUGCAUCAGGCAUUCUGCUAGGCAUGGUGGUGGGCUUGGAAACAGUGUUGGGCACAGAAAAAAACUGGGUCUUAAUGUUGUCCCUGUCCCUCAUACCUGCAACAAUCCAGUAUAUGAGUCUUCCUUUCUGCCCUGAAAGUCCUCGCUACCUCUUCAUCAACAAGGGCAAAGAAAAGGAAGCACUGGCUGCUCUGAGAAGACUUCGAGGUAAUCCAGAGAUGGUGAUGAAAGAAAUGGAGGAGAUGAGAGAAGAAGCUGCUCACAGUGAAACUGGGGUGACUGUUGGAGAAUUCCUCAAGAGGCGACGCUACAGGCAGCCAAUAAUUCUUGUGCUUAUCAUAAACCUCGGCAGCCAGUUAUCUGGGUUUAAUGCGAUCAUAAAUUAUUCAACUAAAAUGUUUAUCCAGUCCAAUUUUGAUGAGGCCAAAUAUCUGACACUAGGAGUGGGGGCAGUUAACGUGGCAUUUACUGUAGUAGCAUUUUUCCUGGUGGAGAGAGCAGGACGAAGAAGGUUGUUGCUUGCUGGAUUUCUGUCAUUAGCGUUCUGCAACCUGCUAAUGACCAUCACAUAUUCCAUACUGACCAUAUUUCCAGACAUCCGCAAUAUUCAGGUGUUGCUGGUUUUCUUCCUGAUCUCAGCAUAUGAGGUGGGCCCUGGGCCAAUUUCUUGGUUCAUUGCUGCUGAGCUUUUUGACCAGUCAGCUCGACCUAUUGCAAUGGCCUUUACCAGCAUGCUGAACUGGGGAGGGAAGUUUCUACUAGCGUUGCUUUUUCCACCUCUGCUGAAAAUCUGUGGGGCCUAUGUCUACCUUCUCUUCAUGUGUAUGGCACUGCUUGCCUUUACUUUCACCAUGUUUCGUCUUCCCGAAACCAAGGGACGCACUUUUGAUGACAUUGCAGCUGAGUUUCGUGGGGCAGAGAGCAUUCCCUUACAUAAUAAGAUGACCUUCAACACGUUCAACUGAUCACACAAGUUCUGCUGACAUCACCUCCAAGCCUCAAGUUUAAAAAGAGCGAUACUCAAUACACAAUUUUUAAAGGAUUUCAGGGUCCAGGGAAAUGUAAGGAUUUCAGGGAUGGUGGUUGAGAUCGUUCAAACUGCACACUAUGAUAGCCUAUGACCUAUAUGCCAAAACAGAAAACACGUUUAGAACGUGAAAUGUAAAUAUGACUCCCUGUAGGCUCACCUCUCUGUGAAAACCAUCAAACCGUUGUAAGUUUUUAUCACACUAUGAAUUCUAACAACUCUCAGGUAUGUGUGCUCUUGUCAGACAUGUAUGGUGGAGGCUGCAAGCUACAGUUUACAAACAAUUUUACCCAACUUCUUGGCUAAGGAAAUAUUGACAAAUGUAUUAAAAGUAAAUGAUGUGUAUGUUUGAACCUGAUUGAGCUUGAUUACCUAAUUAUUUGUAAUUCAAGAUAUAUCUAGUUUAGUUAAGCUGUGGGUAUUUCAUUCUAUGUGACACUGAUAGCUUUCAUUGUAAACAUCAUUCCUGUUUUGUUUAGAAUGUGCUUUAAACAGAUCCGUAAUUUCUUAAACAUGAACACAUGAAUAUGAUUGUACAUUUCAAGUAAUAGUUUACAAGCAUCUAUUUCAAUAAUUUCAUUGUUUUGUGCAUGGUUCUAACUUGCCUCAAAACAUUCAAGCAAGCUAGAUCAAGAACAGUUAAAAAAAUAUGAAAAACCGUCUUUUUUUAAUUAAUAUCUUAAUAUAGUUAUGGUCAAUGUUAGGGACAUGAUGUUAUAGACAUUUGUGAACUUUGAAGUUGCUUGUUGCAUGUUGUCUAUAACAAGCUAAAGUAGUUAUGAAGUUACAAAAACAGAGGGAAUUUCUCAUUAGUUGAUCCCAAUAAAAAAUGAGAACAAACAUGGUUUUCACUGUGGAGGAAUGAAAUGCACUCGAAAAAGCCACACCAUUUUUAUGGCUCAAUUAUGUAGAUAUGUAUACAAGCUGCAUUUCAUGACAGACCGAUAAUAAGAACUAUUUAAAAUACAAUUUUUGGAAAGAGAUGCUUGACUUAG